AUGGGCGACAGAUCGAACAGCGUCUCGCUCGUCAUCGACACGAGUCGCCGCAGUCUAAAAAACCAAGGCGGAUCAGUUGACACACUCGAUUCACCUACCACAUCCUACCCGAACACAUCUCUCGUCUGGUCAACAAGCACUUCGACGACGCCUUCGACCGGCCUCACUUCUACCUCAGCUUACGACCACAACAUCUCGCACACUCGACGCUCUAUCGGCACAAGCGCAGAGUGCAUCAUCACCAAAAUUGACGAGUAUCUUGCUGACCUCCAGAUGCCGAUUUCAAGCAAAUCUGUCAAGGCCGUACGAAGGUCAUUGACAAUCAAUAUCGAUCCCAAAGAGCUCGCAUUUUUCGAGCAGGCCUUGCCUUCCUCACCGGACGCAAUGAAGUCUGGUAACGCCCAAACUAGCUCGCCGCCACCUUCGGCCCGCCCGAGAAGACUGUCGAUGCCUUCAUCUCCUUUCGACUUUGAGAAUGGCUUGCCUUCUCCAUUCUUCUACCGCUGCUUUGCUAAGCAAGACGGAAAAAUUGUGCUGGAUGAUGCUGCGCCUUUCCCGUACAGCCCUUGUCGAGAGGAUGUGUGCAUCGAGUCUGCAAGCUUAUACGGAAGCAUUCUGGGCCGACUCGACGAUUACGGCUCUGCAUGCCCGAUCCGCACGGAUGAAGGUUCGAAAAGCACUUCGAAAACCUCAUCCAGGCCCACCCAAAGUCCCGAGUCUGUAGGGAAAUCACAAGCUCAUGAAACACCGUCUCAAGCGGAAGUCGAGUUGCCAAGCAUUCGCUUUGACGCAGUCGACGAGAGUGACACCCCGUCUACAAGCGGAGGCACAGACUACGGCUGCAAUUUGACUCCUCGAUCUUCUCCUCUUAGCUUAGCCACUUCUGUCUCCUCGUGCGACAAUAACGACUGUUGCGGUCGCCCAACUCGCGAGACAUCACCCUCUCGAAGCUUGGUUGACUCUCUGCCUCGUAACGAACUUGGACAGGUCCCGCGGUCGGAGAUGAGACCGGCUACAGCCGACAGAGACAGAUGCGGUUCGAGUUCACUGUCCCACUCACCUGUCGCCCUCAGACCAUCACCGUCGCUACGCAUCUCAGCGACGGCUCCAUCGCCGACGCACGAAUGGAGCCCACUCCUUCGGCCCUCGCUCGGUUCACAUCGCGGACUAUCGAGGUCAGCUUCUGCGGGAAACCUCCCCCGUCUCAGUACUGGGCCCACCUCAGCGGGACCACCGGUGGCAGUUGGCGUUGUUCGUAGAGCCGACAGCGGGAGCUCUGGUAGUCACACUGUCAGAUUCGCCUCUACCACAAGCACCACUUCACCAUCCAUCUGUCGACAAAAACCCACUGCUCCAUCUCCGCCCUCACCACGCAAAGCUGACCCUCUCAACACAUCCCCAACAAGCACACAAAUCAUCGAAGGAGUGCGCAAACUAAACAAACUCAAAAAACUCCUCGGCGAAGAAGUCUCUUCGCACAUCACACCCGCUUCCCAGCAGCUGAGAAGAGUUGACAGAAUGAAACCUCUUCCCUUACUCCCCUACCUUCCUUUGCAACGAAGCAAUACUUCGCUCACCACCAUCACCACUACCGCUACCCACUCACUUUCCAUCAACUCUCGCACAAUGCUCGGCUCGUACAAACGACGAGACAAAAAACCAUGCUCAGCAUCAACCUCUUCCACCAACGGUCGACCUUCCACUGCUAGAGACGCUCGUUGCACCUGUCCCAACUGCGCUGAAGUUAAACAGGCUUCUCAAAACUUACUGACCGGGUUGAACCGUGGUGGUGGUGGGGUAGGAAAACCAAGGUUGAGAAUCGAGACCAAGAGACCCGGUACUGGAAGUAGCCUGAAACCAAGUGGCUGA